CCGAGUUCGAGUUGUUGUGUUGUAAUUUUAAUAACAGCCUAAUUGAUUUUUGUUAAAAUUACAACACGUGACCGACUUAUCGUGUGAACUAAGAUAACUUAUAAAUUUAUUUUCAAACUGUCAUCUCAGCGGCUAGGUUUCACCUUCUUAAGCGAUAUUUGUUUAUUCUUAUAUUAAUUCAUUCCGGCAUCUCGUCUGUGUGCCUGUGCUAACAAACAAGUGUGUACAGUGAUUGAGGUUAAAUACUAUCAGUACCUGGCAUUUCAAGUCAACUUAUUUACACUUUACAUUAACCUAGCGUAGGUUAAUCUGCUGUAAUCUUUUCACGCGCAAAGCUUUGCGAUACGCCGAUGGAGCCUUUAAAUGUAAAAAUCCCCAAAGGAGGUCCUAACAGUCCUUAUCAACCUGGAGCUAAUACACCAGAAUGCAGCCCUAGGCUUAGCGUACCAAGUCCUAUAAUCACUAGAAGAACAAGGACUGACUCAAUGUGUGCUCGAGCGUUGAUGAACCCUCAAGAGAAAGGCAAAGUGAAACAUUUCAGUAGAUCCAAGGGACAUGGAUUCAUCGCUCCUAACAACGGAGGGGAUGAAGUUUUUGUACACAUUUCAGACAUCGAGGGCGAGUACAUCCCGUUGCCUGGAGAUGAAGUGGAGUAUCGCUUGUGUCCGAUCCCUCCCAAGUUUGAAAAGAAUCAAGCAGUCCACGUUCAGAUUAUCAACUUGACUCCAGAGGUCCAUCAGCGAUGGGACUCGCCCAUGAUCCACUAGAAAAGUCAAGUUCCUUUUUCCAAGUGCCGUAAACCUCACCACGGUGUAGCUUCUACAAUGGCUGGGAUUUGUUGUCUUAGGUUAAGUUAGGUUACGGGAAUGAGUUAGUUUUUAGUGAAAUUAAACCACCGAUAGGGGUCAAUUAACCUACACUGGGCUCAACAGAUUUUGUGCAGAGGUUCCCAAAUUUUUGAAGACCAUGGUUUCCUACUGAGAGGUUUGUAAAGGUUACCCUUAGGUUACUCCAAGUCUAAUUCUAAAUCUAGUCACGUGUUUAAUUGUCUUUGAUACCUCUUUAGUAAAAAAAAUUGUUAACACAAAUAUCCUAACUAAAACCAAAACCUACAAAUAUUGGUGUUUUGUUGCUCAAACCCAGUAUAACAAAUAAAUUGGCUGUAAGUCUUAAGGAGUGAAAAGAUUGAUUGUCAAAAAAUACAUCUUAUAAUAUAGCACCAUUUUAGUGCUAAAGAAACAAAACAAAAAGAAAGAAAAUAAGUUUUGCAAUAAAUUAUAGAAAAGCUUUGAUAUUUUCUAUAGUGAAUAUUUCUCCCAUUUUCGUCUCUUGAAGAGGAUUGAGAUAUGUACUGAAAACUAUUCCAUGUGCUUUAUGAUACGUUCUGGGAACCUCUAGAUAGUAUAAAGUGACAAUAACACCAACAGUAUGUUAGAACCAGUAGGAUGCCCAGAAUAUGUUUAAAAAGUCAGAACUAGAGCACCAGCUAUUAUAUUUUGCUACUCAGAAUUACUAUCCUGCCAUUAUCUGUCUUACGGGACCAGAUUUAAGUCGGAGACUAACUGGAUGUUUCCAAAUGAGGCAUCUAUCUUUUUUCAUUUAUGUUUAUUAAGCUUGUGUUUGUUUGCACAAUAAUUGUUCAUAUAUGUAUCCAGGGGAAUAUUGCUAUUACAUAAUUAUUUAACUUAAUAUAUCUUAAGUUUAUACAAUAUACAUAUAUUUUGCUAUCUAUUUUUGUCCGUGGCUUUUGCCCUCGAUAUUUAAUUGUUUAAUUGUGUAACCUACUGUGUGAUUUGCCGUUACUGACUGGAAAUGUAUCUUUGUACAAAAGUCAUGGUAGGUUAGUGUCGGUUGUGUAUAUAUGCUAGUAAACAAGUCAACAACGAACAUGAGAAAAUUAUGGUUAAUGUUAUUUAGAUGAAAUGCUAUUCACCACUCCUGUUAGUUAAUUCUCCAAGUUUUUAGUUGACCUGUUUGAUAUUGUAAAAUUCACAGACUGUGACAUCUUGUAUUAUUCUCAUUCACCAAAAUGUGCUGAAACAGGUUUACAAAUCUUUUACCUAAUGCUCCUUUCACAAUAUACAGUUUUCUCCCUCGAGAUAAAUGUAUUUGCAAUGAACCGUUGUAAACAGCUUAUGGCCGAGUUUAUUUUUUUGAAAAUACUGGUUUGGAUUUUUAGUUUGAUUAAUACUUCAACGUCUGUAUUAAACAUUGCUAACGAUAUCAAAAUAUCAUGAAUGACAACAACAUUUUUACACUAAUUUUCAAAUUAUGAUCCACCUAAACAGUGUCCAAUUGACAAUGGCUAGCCGGCUCCCAGCUGUCAAAUGUAAAGGCUUGCAUGUCAACCGUCCGGUUCAGUGGCAGUGGACGGCUGCAAGACAAUUUCUAUACCAUCGCCGGAACUGUUUAAUGUUAAAGCUGUCAUGCAUUUCUUUACACUACUAAAAUAAACGUUAAGCAAACUGACACAUACUUUCUCCCAAUAGGUUGUUAAAAACCUUUAUCACGGGUAAGUGAUGGAAGUAACUAUGAUAUUUUAUGGGUAGCCACUUCAAUUGCAAUACUUAUGAACCGAACUUAUUACAGCAUUAGGGGGUGAAUUUGUUAGCGCUUUUGUGUAAAUCCGUUUUCCGUUAUUUUAUGGGGUUUUGCAAAAAAAUCACCAUUAAAUAUUAGAAUUUCAAAAAAUGUAAAUGGAGAUACCUUAGAUUUAGUGCCUUCAUACAAAAUUUUGUGAAUAUUGUACCACCACACCGGUCUGUACACAUCCCCGCAUCACUUCAAAAACCACUAGGUUUGGCUGGACAAAAAAUGGAUCACCUAAAAGAAAAUUUUGACGAAAACAAUACUUUCUCCAUCUCUUUGAUAGGGGAAGAAAGUCAAAAUUUACCAACUGAACAGAAUAAACGUAUACUGUGAAAGGAGCAUAAUUAUUGUAUUUUUUUAUAUAUUAAAUUAAUGUUUUAAAUCUGAUGAUUCUUAAACUCUAAAUUUUAUUCAAAUUACUUUUGUGUUAACAAUUUAACUAGAACCUUUUUAUACUAGGUUUAAAGCAUAUGUUUGUUGAAAUUCAACCCAAAGGUAUUAUGUGUCUUAUCACAAAUACUUAUUUAAGAACCCACUAAGCACAAAUCGCAACGGUGCACAAUUAUUGUUAGUAUAAUUUAUUAAAUUAUUUUAGGCAUUUGUUUUAGAUAUUUUCAUAAUUUGUGUACUGAGAUCUUAAAACAAUACAUUGUUUGGUAUUCUGUCACUGCACCAAAAGACUUUCAGGCAGAUGAGGACUUGUUCUUGCAAAUAUCUAAUUAAUUUAUUCAUUGAUUUGAAAAUUCUUAAGACUUAAGUAGGUUAGAGGACACUAUACUGUAUUCAUUUGAUGAAGAUUGAUCUGAACAAAAAAUUAAAUUAUUGUGUAGAUCGUAAUGAUAUUUAACACUCAAAAUAUUUCUAUCACAAGUUAAUGGUGAUCAGUUCGGAACCAAUUUGUUCAUUUGCAAAAAAAAUAUUCUGAUAUAAUUCAAUGUACAAUUUAUUUCAUCAUAUACUACAUUUAUUACUUUAUUUUAAACAAGUGUAUACCAAUAUCUUAAUAAAACAAGCCAUGCAUUUAA